AGGCGGGAACGUCCUCUGCUAAGUGGGCGGGGUCUUCCUUCCGUAUUGUCCAAUGAGAACGGUGGCGGGAGGCGUGUCCCAAAGAUGGCCGCCGCCAGUAUACACGUGUGAGGAGCGCUGUGCCGAUUGCGGCUCGUUUCCUGUGCGUCCUGUGGGCAGUUUGCUGCUCAGUUUAUCACCACCACUAUUACCCCACUUGCGUUACGCUGAGGAGGACUGACAUGUUAGAGCCGCUAUGGUAGCCUGAUGUCUUGCGUGCGCAUUGGUAGGCUGCAAGCAAAAAUACGACUGAUGCACAUCCCGUGAAACUGACAAAGGGUGUUCUAGCAGCAAGUCACAGGUCUGAGAGGAGAAAAAUAAAUUUUGCUUCACCAUGGAAGGUCUAGAACAGCAGCUUUCGAAUCUCCACAUAGUGAAACGUUCAUGUAUAAAAGACAGCACAACUUACAUACUUGACAUCGAUGAGUCAAAAUCGGUGGAUGAACAAAACCAUCAGACUGCUGCAGUAUUGUGUUCCAAUAAAUCGAUUAAAUUAUACACAAAGGAAAGGAUGGUCUGUCUCAGAGAAUUUAAUGCACAGCCUGGCGUGCUGAGCGGUGUUCGGUUCUCUCACUCAAAUAACGAUCUGCUGUUCUCUGCAUGCAGUGAUGCUACUGUAAAACUUUGGGACGCUCGAGUGAAUGGUACAGGAGCUGUCCAGGUAUACACCGGCUACCCUUCUAAUGUUUUCAUUAGCUUUGAUAUCAGCUGUAAUGACCUUGUUGUCUGUGCUGGCACCGAGAAAGUAGAAGACGACUCUUUCCUGGUCUUCUGGGAUGCAAGAUAUAGUUCGGACUCCAAAUCUAAAGAACCUCUUGGAGUUUACUCAGAGUCUCACAAUGAUGACAUCACUCAAGUGCGAUUUCAUCCAACCAAUCCAAGCCUGGUGGCAUCUGGUUCCACAGAUGGCCUUGUUAAUGUGUUUGAUCUAAAUAAAGAUAAUGAAGAUGAUGCAUUAGCUACCACUUGCAAUUCAGACUCCUCUGUGAAUGUUAUUGGAUGGGCAGGAAAGGAUUACAAGCAGAUAUAUUGCUUGACGCACGAUGAAGGCUUCAUUUGGUGGGACCUUGCACAGGUGGAUACGGAGGAACCCAUUACUCUCUCGAAAGUGGAGGAUAUGAGGGAAAAAAUUACUGCUUGUAACAUUGAGUAUCUUAUUGGGGGCCUUUACCAUGAAAAAAAGGAUGAAUUGUUACUUGUUGGAGGAUCUCACACCGGCGACAUCAACCUGCUAAGCUGUGAUUCUGAUAAGGUGGCACAUGUGAAAACUCUACACGGUGGCCACUCUGCGACCGUACGUUCAUUCUACUGGAGUGUAGACGACGAAUCUUUGCUAACUGGUGGAGAAGACGCGCAGCUGCUGCUAUGGAAACCGACCGCCAAGGACUCCUCGCCACAAAAGAGAGACACCAUGAAAAUGUCUUCCUCCUUACAGCAGGGUGUACUAGUGCACAAAACCAAAUCCUACUCCUCCAAGAAAAAAAUGACGGGCUGAGUUUUGCGGAAUUUGUUUUCUAAGUGGGCUCUCAUAAUGUUUUAUGUAAAAUGGCGUUGUAUACAGCUUAAAUGGGGCUUCCUGUCUUGAGCGCCAGUUGAGAUGGUUGCAUGGAAAAAGAGGUAGGUACCAUAAAGUGAGAAGUGGCUGCUGCGUAUGUCUCUUGUAGAGAUGCAGCUGACCUGUCCACACAGGUCCCAAUGCAGAAUUGAGUACAAGUUGAUCUUGAUUGCUCUUUCAUCGCUUGCAAUGAACUAUGGGCCUGAUUAAGUGUUGUACACAAACCCAAUGGUUUGUGUACAACACUGAUAGUGGGAGAUGGCUGCAUGCACAGGAGCUGUACUGGGCAACGUAUGUGCAGGUCUUCAUCUGCGACAUCGCUUGCAGCACCCCCAAGCAGCAGCAAGAUAGGCAUUCAAUGGCCCUUUGGGGACAGGGACGGCAACGGUGAGCAGUUUACAAGACAGAGGCGUGUUGUAGUCGUGCCGAAGCCAGGACUGCGUCUUCCAAUGCAGAUUUCCUGGCCCCGGCAGUGUGGAAAACACUGACCAUCCUGCCUAAAUUAGGUAUACUCGGAUGGCCGAUGUUUUCACAGAUGCUGUGUCAUUACAGAAGCAGACAGGAGGCGUAUAUAUGUACAGGACACCACCUCCGGCUUCAGCGUGCAUCCGCAGCAGCCACUGCUACAUGGCGUAUAACUAAGAAUCGGGCCCUGAAUGCGCACUUACAAAAAAAAGCACCUGACAGCAGGUGAUUUUACGCUUCCAUGCAAUGCUGUAUGGUGGCUAGUUCCACUGAUAUGCCUUCCGUAAACGUGGUCUAUGUAUAGUAAUACCCAGCUGUACUUCAGUUGUAAGUGGAGACAUGCUAGAGGUGCAUACUUCUCUGCAUCCCCCUUAGUGGUGUGCACGUGGGGGUAAUUCCAAGUUGAUCGCAGCA